AAUAUUAGUUGUUAUGAUGAUAAUAUGAGACAAACAUGAAUUUUGGGGGAAGUUCCAUUAAAAUUAGUAGCGAAGAUCUUAAAUCUAUUGAUGCAUACGAAGAGUAUAGACGAAUUGUGGGCGAUGAUGACAAUGGAAAACUUUUCACACCCAAGCAAUAUGAAGCUUACAAGAACAAAUACUUACAAUUGAGAAGUCAAAACAGAAUUUUUGUGUCUUGGACAAAUCCAAAUGGAGUAGAUUGCAUACUUGCUGGUCCACAAAGUGAAUGUUUCUGCCAACACCGGUAACACCUUAUUUUUGUUCAAAAUCCGAUUGCAGUUGUAAUGGUUUCAGAACAAGUAUGCGAUGUGACUGUGGUAUCGAGUUACAUAAACAUGAAAUGAUUAUGGAAACUGCCGAAGAACGUCAUAAUAGAGGUAAACCAAUAGGUCAGACUUCACCAUAUCAAGCUAUGGGUGGACUAACUGGAUUUAGUUCACUUGCACCUGGUAUAACACGUAUGGAUACAAGCGGUGCAGGCAAAUUAUUAUCAGAGGAAGAAAUGAAUAAGUCAAUUACAUCUGUAGAUAAUCCAUUUCUCCGUAGUCAUGCACAAGGAGUUUUUAAUUACGAGUUGACAGUUAAUGAUACGAACGGCGCUGAACGUGAACGUCAUGAAGUUGAGUCACAGAUGCGUCGUCCAGGAGAAUCAGAAUUAGAUUAUUAUGAACGUCGUUAUCAAGAAAGAGUAAGUCUAUCUGCUAGUUAUGUAGAAAUACGAGUUUAAAUACACAUUUUUGCCUAUAAUAAUAUCGCAUGCCGAGAAAAUAAUCAUCCCGAUCGAUAAUUUUUUCCAGUUGACCUCCAAAUAUUUUUCUCGGAACGACCGAAUAACAUGUUGAAGCUAGCUGUAGGCUACUUGACAUAGGUAUCAGAUCGGUUAAUGAGGUUGUAAAUCUUUAUUGACAUAUUUUACGAAUACCUAGCCACUGCCUAUCUCAAGGAGCGACGCUUAGUUAGCGCAAAAUUAGACUAAGGAAAAUUAGAGAAGGGGAAACCAAAGCGUCGCAUGAGUGCAUGAAGUCGCUGACUGUCAGCCUGAGUCAAUUUUGACAGGUAUAGACUUCUUGGUUAGGGUCCAGAUGAUAAACACGAUCAGUGGUUGGAGAUUUCGGGUGAUGAGUAAAAAUCGGUCAGUAAACUAAAUACAUUCACUCUCUAUCGCCCUCUCGAUCUAGAACGCCAGUAUCCCUUCAUACAUAACUUUUCACUCUGUCUUCCUAAACCAUAGUGUUUCUUUUUAUCAUUGCUACUACAUCAUCCCGAUAUCUUUUGUUACUCUCAUUUCGUUUCGUUAAUCAGGUGUAACAACUUGUGCUUGCACAUUUGUACUAGGCUCAAUAGUGAUUAUAUAUGUCUGUUGUAUAAGUAUUUCACAACUUUAACUAUCACUGUAAUUGUUAACAAAUCAUUAUGAAUCAUGGAUGAUUAAAUGAACUUUCAAUCCGAAUUGCAAAGUAAAUAUCUGUGCAAAUCAUCAGUUUAUUCUGUAGUGCGAUUCUAUAGUCCAAUCAAACUAAAGCCUUAGCAUGAAUGUACGUUUAUAGAAGCUCCCGUAGAGGUUAAUUCCUCCCCAUUUGACUCCAACAGAUGAAAUCUCGUUAGCUGAGUAUUUAGGCAGGCCAAUUUCCCAAGUAGUGCUAUGAGUUUAUUCAAAAGCUAUAACACCAGUUAUUGGAAGAGUGUAUUGUUAAUAAAUAAAAGAAUCCGCGAGCACGCAAGAGGAAAAGCACACUGGGAAGUGAGUGUGUAAGCUACAAGUCGAAAUAUCUAUAUGUAUUUUAUGAAUUUAAUCAAUUGCGGGUAAUUUAUUGAUUGUCUGUGUUUACAACCAAUAGAAGGAUAGAUAGAGAUUGCAGUGCAGACAUUCGUUCACUCAGACUCACACGUACGUUUACAUAGUGGAUUAACUGUCAAACUUACAGCGGGUGGGUACUAAAAAAUGUAAUGGGCUUAUUAUGCUUCCAUUCCUGAUUCUCACGAUGAGAUAAAGGCUAAAAAAUAAGACCGGAAUGAUGUAGAAGCAAUGAUAAAAGGAAGACUAUACACCACGCGUCAAGGCAAACGGCAGUUGGAGAAAUGUGAUGUAUAUUCUAACCACCCCAAUCGAUGAAGGUUUACUACCUCACCAGAGGAUUUGUUAUUUUCACCUUAUAUCUUACUCUUAGCCUCGACAAUCCCCAUUCGUUCGUUGCACAGUAGGUAAGAAAUGCAUCGAAGAUAUUUAUGAUCAUCCUGCAAUAUACGCAAGUCCUUUACCUUUAUAGGUGAUUUACACAACCAGAGUUAUAGAUGGUGGACUGUCGUGCUGAAUACUCCCCCUUUGAUUAAUGAACGGACAACUCUCUUUCAGCGCAAGUGACAUAAGUAGGCCAAGGCCAAGAGAGCUUUCUGAAUCCUUGCUAAGAUUUUGUCAGACACCAACGUUCCAAAACUGAUGAGACUUCCAAGGUAAGUGAAGUGGUUGAUACACUCGGUAGACUACAAUUUUGCUAAGUAGUUGCUUAACAGAUCAAAGCUGUUCUAUGACCCAUUUAUACAAGCAAAAAUGGUCAAGUUCGGUUCUGAAUAUCAACAGCGGAUUGGAAUGUCAGUCUGGAAUUAAAGUACAUUCAGCUAACCGGUACUAAACAAACCGAAACAUGUGUCCUGAAUCCUACUGUGCAAAAAGUAUCAUAAACGUUUAAUUACAGGUAAAAUCAAUUCAUUCUCUCAAAGUGCCCAUAUGCUAUUAUUUACUUAUUACUUUAGUUGACCACAUAAAUAUUGGUACAAAGGGGUACCGAAUACAUAUGUGCCACACAAAUCACUUGAUUUGAGUGUGGACUGUGAUACUGCCUGAGUGCCCAGACCGAAGCAGGUGGUUCUCUUAGGCCGCCACACUCGGAACCUUCGACCUAAUGGUCUUGUAGUGUCGGUUAUUAUGUUAAGCCCACAUAUCUUACCCUAGAUUUCGGACAGGCCAGUCUAUUCAUCCUUCUUGAGUCACAUUUUGACCUUGUUGAUUAUUUGCUUAUCAACAUUGACUGUUUUUAUAUGACCGUAUGUGUGUAAACCUCUUAUCCUAUGCAUCAAAUGUCUGUAGCCUAUUUUUGUGUGACUAUAAGUAGUGAUUAACGCUUGACUAACUGGAGUUGGCUCACAUGCCUUCUUCACUGCGCAUCAUUUCGCUUCGCUUCUCCGAUAUUUUGUCUGGAUCAAAGAUUGUAUGAAAUGUACGUAUUCGAAAUUGAUUCACGUAUUUGACUUAUUUAAUUCCGUUAUUGACUAACGCGACUUAAGUUGAUGACUAUAUACGAGGAUUGAAGGUAUGUGUAUCUCAAUAACAAUCAUUCAUACUAUCUCACUGGUGUCAGAUUCCAGGCCAUUAAAGUCUGAUCCACAAGGCAGUGGAGCAACGUAAGGAGAUGCAGUCUCAUGGUAGCCGGUGACCAGUAAUUGGCUCAUACGCCAUUUCUUACCCCAGGAUUCUGGGGCCGAUAUACACAAUUGGUUUGGAAUCAAGGUUUUCUAACUCCAUUAGGUGAACCCUCCGUGCCCACCAACCCGGUUAAAGCGCCGGACAUCCGCUUUUUGUCCUCUCAAUUUCGUAAACAACAGUAAUGCCGCGAGAAGGUAGAGAGUAGGACUUCCUCGGCAGUGGUUGUAUACGUGUGGCCAUGUGGACUCUCCCUACCUUCGGAUGUAACAGGGCGAUUGGGGGCCCAUAUGCCAUACAUAUAAAUAAAAAAAUCAGCCCUGAAUAUGAACGACGAGAAAAUUCACAUUGUUACGAAUUUUAAUAAAUAUCAGUUAAAAUGUUUGUUUGAGAUGUUGAUUAUCAGAUUACUGUUCAGCGUUUACUUAAUUGUUUGAUGGGAAAAAUCAUUGCGAUUAGUUUUUUUCUGCAACUGACAAUCAAAUAAAAUGAAUCAGUAAAAAUGACAAUUACAUUAGGAAAUUACUAAUUUACUUAGAGAUUAGAUUGUUCAACACUAACUAUUAGUGAAUAAUAUAUUCCUUCAGUUUUUUAGAUGAUGGAGAAGAUUUAUAGCUCAGGUAGAUGAACUAGAUGGUUUGAUCGUGGACAGGUAGACUUCUACCUGAAGUUUGUGCUGACAAAACUCCAUAAAAAAUUUUUCUUCAGCUUGUUUAUCACUAAUUAAUCUAACAACAGGGAUCAUAAUUGUCAUAUUAAUUCCAUCGUUCUAAUUCUAUGAAUUUCUUUUCCAGGAAAAAGGCAAAUACAUCAGAAAACCUGAACAGAUACGUAAAUUUUAGUUGAAAUGUUCUAAUAUCGAUAAUGGUCACUGUAUUGUACUUUACCUUAUAAAUAGAAUGAACAAUUUGUGUAAGUCAUCAUCAUCGUCAUCAUUAUCAUUAUACUACCUACCUAUUCAAUUCGUAGAUGAGUUCAUCAUACAGAUUACUUGGAUAUUUAUAUUUCAUUAUAUAUUUUCUUUUAAAAAAAGAGAGAUAAGAUGGAGGUUUAGAUGCAUUACAAAUGCAAGAAUAAAACCAGAACAACUACAGUAAUUGGGACAGGAUGAUAUAAAUUCAUUUUAUUUCAUACUUUUUAUUCAGCUCUUUACAACCAUAUUUGAAUCAUACAAUCAUUAAUCAUUUACAUGUUUUCGAUAUUUAUCUUCAAAUGAACUCACAUUUGCUUAUUCGUAUAUAUAUGUACAGAGAUGGAUAGUGGUUAACAACAAAAUCCUAAAGACGCUCAUUUCUUCCUAUUUGUGUCUUAUCAGAUGGAUAUACAUCUGUAGCUAAAUGAAUAAUUCAAUGACAUUCGAAACGAAUGGUACUAGGUUCGAGUCCCUGAGUAAAUAUCAACUCUAGGGUGCAAGCACAUCCAACUGAUGAGUUUAAAACAGGAUGAAAUGCAUGACCCUAAGAUUUCACUUUUAUCCACCAUUCAUCUCUGCUUAUAUGUGUAUAAAAUAUUGACAAUCAUUGUCGUUCUAUUAUUUCAAUCAUCAAUAUCUAUUACGUCAUACAAAUAUGGUUGUAUGCAGUCGAAAAUAAAUUGAUUUUACCGUAUUUCGCUUGUUUUCUUUUUGCUUUGCCUUUGUUCAAAUCUAUAAGGGACGUUGGUUGUCAUUUCUUUUUACUUACUUACUUACUUACGCCUGUUACUAAUCGUGAAGGAGCAUAGGCCGCUCACCAGCAUUCUCCAUCCAACCCUGUCCUGGGCAAUCCUUUCUAGCUCCGUCCAGUUGUAAUUCAUCUUUUUCAUAUCUGCUUCUAUUAUCCGACGCAAUGUGUUCUCUGGCCUUCCUCUUUUGCGCUUCCCUUGAGGAUUCCAAGUUAGGGCUUGCCUCGUGAUGCAGUUUGACGAUUUGAGUAAUGUAUGUCCUAUCCAUUUCCAUCGUCUUUUCCUAAUUUCUUUUUCAGCUGGAAGUUGGUUAGUUCUCUCCCACAGAAGGCUGUUGCUGAUGGUAUCCGGCCAAUGGAUGUUGAGUAUCUUGAGUAGACAGCUAUUUAUAAAUACUUGUACUUUCUUGAUUGUGGUUGUUGUAGUUCUCCAAGUUUCAGCUCCAUACAGUAGAACUGCCUUGACGUUCGUAUUGAAGAUUCUCACUUUGAUAUUGGUUGAAAGUUGUUUUGAGUUCCAUAUGUUCUCCAACUGUAGGAAUGCUGUCCUUGCUUUUCCAAUCCUCGCCUUUACGUCUGCAUCUGAACCUCCUUGUUCAUCGAUGAUGCUUCCCAAGUAUGUGAAGGAUUCUACAUCUUCCAGUUUCGACAUCAAGAGUGAUUGGAUUGCUGUUUUCCGCUUUGAAUUUGAGGACCUUGGUUUUCCCUUUGUGUAUGCUGAGGCCUACUGAUGCAGAGACUGCUGCUACACUGGCUGUCUUCAUCUGCAUCUGUUCGUGUGUACGUGAUAGGAGGGCUAGGUCGUCUGCGAAGUCCAAAUCGUCUAAUUGAUUCUGAGUUGUCCAUUGUAUUCCAUGUUUUCCUUCAGAUGUCGAGGUCUUCAUAAUCCAGUCGACCACCAGAAGAAAGAGGAAGGGAGAGAGUAAACAGCCUUGUCUGACUCCGGUCCUUACUUAAAAUGCAUCUGUCAGCUGUCCUCCAUGCACGAGUUUGCACUGUAGUCCGUCGUAUGAGUUCCGGAUAAUGUUGACAAUCUUCUUAGGAACUCCGUAGUGUCGAAGAAGUUUCCAUAAUGUCCUCCUAUCUACACUGUCGAAUGCCUUUUCAUAAUCAAUGAAGUUGAUGUAUAGUGAUGAGUUCCACUCAACUGAUUGUUCGACGAUGAUCCGUAGUGUCAUAAUUUGGUCUGUGCACGACCGAUCCUUACGGAAUCCAGCUUGUUGAUCUCGAAGUUGGGCGUCUACUGCAUCCUUCAUCCGGUUCAGCAACACUCUGUUGAAGACUUUCCCUGGUAUUGACAGUAGUGUAAUGCCUCUGUAGUUUUCACAUUUGCUCAGAUCUCCUUUCUUUGGAAUCUUGACGAGGUGUCCUUCUUUCCAGUCCAUCGGCACUUGUUCCUCCUCCCAAAUCUUUUUGAACAGAAGGUGAAGCAUGCUUGCAGUUACUUCGAUGUCUGACUUCAGUGCUUCAGCUGGUAUGUUGUCGGGUCCUGCUGCUUUCCCGUUCUUGAUUUGUCUGAUGGUCAUCCUGAUCUCUUCCGUCGUUGGUGGAUUGACAUCUAUAGGUAGAUCUGUGUGUGCUGCUUCGAUGUCCGGUGGAUUCAUUGGAGCCGGCCUAUUCAGGAGUUCCUCGAAGUAUUCUACCCAUCUGUUCCGCUGUUGUUGAAUUUCAGUGAUUGGCCUGCCUUCUUUGUCCUUGACCGGUCUCUCUGGUUUACUGUAUUUCCCUGCUAGUUUCUUCGUUGUAUCGUAAAGUUGUUUCAUAUUUCCUUCCCUUGUAGCUUUUUCCACCGUCGUUGCUAAUUCUUCCACGUAUUUCUUCUUGUCGGCUCUGAUGCUCCUCUUCACUUGUUUGUUUGCUUCUAUGUAUUCAGCUUGUGCUUGGACUUUCUAUGCUCGUGUUCGGCUGUUGUUAAUUACUGCCUUCUUGUUCUUCCUUUCUUUGAUCUUGUCCAGUGUUUCUGUAGAGAUCCAUUCCUUAUGAUGGUAUUUCUUUAGACCCAGAACCUCUUGACACGUUGAAGUUAAUGCUUCCUUGAUGCCUUUCCAGUUGUCCUCCAUACUAGUUUCUUCUUCCUUCAGUAGAUCUUGUAAGGCUUGGAACCUGUUGUUGAGAGCUAUCUUGAAUUCACUGAGUUUGUCAGUAUCUCGAAGGAAGGCUGUAUUGAACCUUUGUAGUGCUGUUUGUCCACUUGUCCAG